GAAUCCAAAAAAAAAAGAAGCUUAUUGAAACGAAACUUUGAAGGCAAAGAAGAACAAGUAAGAAGCAAGAAAAUCAAGUUCCCUUUUUCGCCUCGCCAUUGAUUUUUUUUCCGGUUCAGUGGUACAAAAAUGGCGAACCAGUUGGAGAGCUUAGUGGAAACGAUAAAAUCAAAAGUAAGAGCUCUGAAGAAGAAAUCAAAGAACAAUAAACCGUAUAUAAAGAUGGAUAAAAGCUCCAGCGUUAAAGUAGAGAUCCGUAGCAGGAAAGCAAGAAAACUUAUCGAUAAGACUCUCAAAGCCGCCGAUCGACCUGGAAAACGUACCAUUUCGUGACCUUUUUUUUGUUUCAUUUUAUUCUCUCCCUUUUUUUUCAAUGGAAUAUACAAGUCUGUUUCUGCA